AUGGCCACCCUAGGUGCCCGCGCCAGUGCAGUGAGCAACGGUGUGGACGUCGACGGCUGUGAAAGUGCUGACAACAAUUUGGGUUUCGAACGCUCCUGCACGUGGGAGCCCGGUGAGAAGCGAUGCUGGAUUGUUUCCGACUUCGACCUGUGGAACCGCAUCCUUGCCCGAAACAACGUCAAAAUUCGAGAGUACCAGUGGGGCGAGAUUUCGCUCGAGAGCUACCAGUGGCCCGCAGGCAAACCUGAUGUGCUGGACAUGCUUCGUGCUUCUCUGCUCAUCCAUCUGCUGCUUCGACAACACAGGUGCGUGGCAUACAUUUACUUCGAUAUUACAACAUAUAUGGAGAAGCUCGUCGUUUGGCACGCCCUCAAGACUGGCGCCGUGGGUGUCUAUCGACUGGAAUGCAAGCUCUGGCUCCUCGAUGUUCCCGGCUCGCAUCAUCCGGUGCAACAAGCAACCGCAGCAAAUUGUUGA